AUGCUUGCAAUGAAAUACGAUUCCAGGAUGGAAUAUUUGGCCAACACUUGGGUUAAAAAAUGUCAAUUCGUGCAUCCCACGAUCGACGAUGAAUUAUACCAGAACACUAGUCAAAAUCUUGCUAUAAGCUACGGUAACCCAAUUAUUGAUUUCCCGCAGUAUAUCGACCGUUGGCAUGAGGAGAGGAAGGAUUACGACUACAACAAGAACUCAUGCGCCUCCGGCAAAGUGUGUGGGCAUUAUACACAAGUAAGUUAG